AUGAUAGCCAACAUCAAUACUGGUAUACACACAGCUUCAGAUAUCAGCAACGGCAGCAGCAACAAUGCUCCACCAACGACACCGACUACGGAAACUCUUUUAAGCACAUUGAGCGAAAAAGAUCGAAUUGUUUAUGAGAGAAACAAUAUUCGUCUUCGGCAAAUGGAAGCUGAGGUUCGUCAGCUAGCAACUUAUGGUGGAGCUUGUGAUGAAUUACUGGAAUGGCUGAGCGAUGUUCGAGCUUACAAUCCCUACAACGAGAAGGCCCUUUUAGGAUGUAUCAAUGCCAUCUUUGAGAAGGCAUCCGAAUAUGGGCCUUGGUCAGGCCUCGAAAUCCUGAAAGAAGCAAGUCAAAAGUGUGGUAAUGGGUUAUCUGAAAAAGGACGAGCCUGCGUCAAGAAAUGUUACGAGGAUUUACACAAUUCAGUGACGGGGAGAAGACCUAGCAAUGGGUCUGUUGUGUCCACUGCUUCAGCGUCGCAUCCUUCACCCGCCUCUUUAACUAGCAACAGAUCUGUUUCGCACAUUAACAUCCUUGAAUCACCAACAGCCAACAACACCUUCAACCAACUUGCCAAGCUAUUCGAUUCAUCUCUUUUUCCACAAUCACCUAACUCAAAUAUGGGGUCCCCAAUGUCGUCACCACAAUUCAGAGGAACUGAUGUCAAUGCUUCACAAAUUGCUCCAAAUCAAGCUGUAGCUAACAAUGCAAUGAUUAAUAAUAAUCAUCUGAAUACUUACCUACAGCAGCGAAUGGCUCAAGUAGCACAGACCAAGCAACAACAGCAGCAGCAACAACAGCAGCAGCAACAACAGCAACAGCAACAGCAGCAGCAACAGCAGCAGCAGCAGCAGCAGCAGCAGCCAUAUCAACAGCCAUAUCAACAGCCAUAUCAACAGCCAUAUCAACAGCCAUAUCAGCAGCCAUAUCAAUACCAAUAUCAGUAUCAAUCGCAACAACCGCAACAACCGCAACAGCCACAGAUACCACAGAUGAAUCAACAGCGUUUCAAUCCAGCUCAAAUACAACAAGCACAACAAAUGUACCAUGACCAGUUUCGCAGAGCUCUGUAUGACGAGCACCAACGCAGACUCCAAGAGGAGCAGCAGCGCAAAGCCCAAGAAGAGGCACAGCGUAAAGCUGCUGAAUCAGAGCAGAAUAGACUGGCGAGACUCAAAGAGGUACAAAGACAAAAAGAACAGUUUGAGAGUCAACUAAGAUUGCAACAGCAACAGCAGCAAAUACAACAACAACAGCAACAGAAACAGCAGGAAGAGGAGCAAGCAAGACAAGCUUUCGCAGCGCGUUAUAUGCAGAUGUUUGCCCAAAGUUCAUUACCUCCUGUGAAUAACAGCAUGUCGCAGUCUGUUUCAAUGCCAUCGGUAGCAGCUCAUCUCCAAAGUUCAGCGUCCAUGGCAGCAGCGAAUAAGUGUUUAUCCACUUCACAGCCGCAGCAACAACAGCAAGCUCUACCCGUCAAUAACUACCAUGCAUCAAUAGCAAAUACCACACCUAUCGUAGAAGCUCCCGUAGCGACCACCUCAGCCAUCGCCCCCGUUUUCUUGGCUAGUUCAGCAGCUCCAACCGCCAACGCAAUCGUUCCAGCAGUGACUCCUCCUGCUUCUGCUCCAGCAAGGCCAGCUGCAGCCACACCUACUGCUGCCUCUUCCAUCUUCUCAUCCAACUCACAGUAUCCUCCUAUGCAAGCAAACCCUUUGCUCAUGAACACCGGCGUAGUUACCAGCAAACCAUCAGCAGUUCCAACAACGCCUACAACGCCUACAACGCCGACAACACAGAGCACGCCUGUCAAAACUACAGCCAUGAACACAAGCACUUCAAGUUAUGCAUCGCCAUCUCUUGGUACAGUGCAUAUUAGUAAAUUACACUUGCCUGGUGGUGGUAAUGUUCAUAAACCUGUUGUGCCAGCUGUCAUUCCAGCCAGUACAUCAACGUAUGAUUGGACAAGGCCCAAUGGACAAGGUGACAAGGUUGAGUAUCUAUUCAAGGAAAGGCACGCCUUCCCAUCAUUCCGACUAGCGCAUGGUGAGGUGAUUACUCGAAAGCCAUUCUACAUUGGAAAAGAGGAGUACAGCAAGUUGUUCAAGAAUCCAAAUACAACACUCAAGGACUAUCAGGGAGAGCCACCAUUAUCCUUUUUCGUCACUGCUUGGUAUGAAGGUACACUGGAACGCAAAUGCGAUUGGCCUACUGGAGCCCGUAUUGAACUGAACGGCCAGCAGUUGCCAUUACAGAAGAGAGAAAAAGUGAUCAAUCCAAACGGUGGCCCAUCCACUAUUACUGGCAAGGACAGGCCCUUUGACCUGACUCGCUUGUUGUUGCUGGAUAAGAACAUGAUUAUUAUUCAUCAGCCUAAAUGUGCCUGUGUCUCUUCCAAGAAGUCAUAUUUAUUUGCUGUCCAAGUAUGUAAGCGAUUCAGUGAAAACUACAUCCUCAAUUCGGUCAAGAACAAAACGAUCAGCAUCGAGACGAGUGAGCGAAUGAUUGACGAUCUUCUGGGCAGAUUCCAGACAGAGAAUGGUGAUGAUGACCUUAUAGUUCUGCAAAAGUCUAUCAAGAUGACGUUGAAAUGCCCUCUCACUUUCAAGAAGAUAAAGCAGCCUGUGAGAGGUAUCGAAUGCAAACAUGUGGAUUGCUUUGACUUGGACGCUUAUCUCAUGGUCAACAAGAACGAGAAUCCUACUUGGGUGUGUCCUCAUUGCAACAGACAAGUAGGACCUACCGCAUUAGCCCGAGACUUGCUGGUUGAAAAACUCUUGGAAACAUUGCCUAAGCGAGCAUCUGAGAUAGAAUACACUAGAGAUCAUACCAAUUAUACAAUCACUAGAAUGGAAGAUCCAGAUUCAGGCGAUGAAGACGACGAGGAUUAUGAAGGCAAGGAUGGUGCAGAUGCCCGCAAUGCAGGCGAUAUCAAGGCCAAACAUGAGCAACUUGUGAACAUGGCAGCAAAUAACGACAAUGUGAUAGAUCUGAUCAGCGACGAUGAAGACGAGGUCGAUCAAGGUGCAACAAACCAGGCUUCUACAACAGCAAACACAAGCAGUAAUAUUCCUUCAAAAAGAAGCUGGGAGGCCCAAAAUCACUAA